CGGGGAGAUCGAAUUCGAAAUACACAGAGAUACAAAGAAGCAUACGAUACAAAGAGAUGCAAACGUGCAGUCCUGGACGGAAGAGUGAGAUCUUCGUGGGGACGAUCGUACUUAUCGUGAAACACGGUUGACCUUUCUUCGGGUACGUAUUCUAUUGUCUUGUUAUGCCUUCCGCGGAUGGUGUGUCUUAGAAAGAUAUCUCGAUCAUCAAUGUCACACUCACGGUGGACGAUCACGACAGCAGGAUUUAAUGUGUAGACCCAUCGUCCACCGAUGCCGAUCUCGUCGCGCUCGUGUGAUGCGUACAUCGCAAGUUGAUGACGUUGGUGAUCAUUUUGUGGUCGGGUGAUUCCGUGCCAUUGAAAUAAGAUUCUUGCUCAUUUUUAUAUUUCUUCGUAGGCAAAGGCAUUUCAUCUGUUUUCGAUGAGCCGGUUUUUUAUGAGAAAGGGAAAACAGGAUUUUGGUAAAAAUGAAUUUUUUCAAAAGCAAGUCUGUAAGUGUAAAUUAUCAUUCAGAUGAAAAAAGCCUCAAUUUCAUCUGCAUCUAGAGCUAGACAUUGAGAUGAGCGGUAACGUCACGGCUGACCAGCAUAGCACAGUCCCGCCCGGCGAGCCCGAGAUUGCAGCGGAGCGUCACGAAGGGGAAACUGUGGUGGUACCGGCUUCCGUACUGCAGGCGGCUUCGUGCCGCCUGCAGUACUUCCCGAAACGGGCAGAGCCAUUAUGGUUCGAGGAUUGGCGGAGGUCUCUGGUUCGUAACGUUAUUUCUUUCGUCGAGGCCCAGGACAUCUACAGGGAGCCCAUACUGGAGUUUCCCGAUACUGCCGACUUGCCAACGGGAUCAUCGGGUGUUGGUCAGACCGCUCCUGAGGAGGUUGUGCUUCUAGACCGCCCGCGUAGUCCGAUAGCAGCGUCAAGAAAUUCUUUUUCGUCGUCUUUCUCCAGUGUGCAAGAACCUCCACCUGAGGCACGCGGGCACGACUUGUCGCAACGGGUAUCUUUGUCCUCAUCGCAGCGGGAGACGAGCACAUCAAAUUUUACCGCAACGACCAAUCGCCAUUCGCACCCGGUGCAAAACACCAAUGUGAUAGCGGCGAGGUCCUCUUCCUGUUCAUCCACCACUCCCCAACGGGGAACGACCGCGUAUGCAGGAGUAGCGUCCGGGAAUGAUGAGGACGACCCGGCCCGGACGAGGUUGCGGAGAGAACGAGAAGCGCGAGUGGUGACCGUCGAUGCACGUCGUCAGCUGCGGGCGCGAGAUCGUCAGAGCCGACACCUCCAGCAAGAUGCACAGCCCGGCAGGGCGGAGACGACGCACCACAACCGACAAUCCCGGAGCAAAACGUCGAAUCAGAGCACGACAGCUUCGGAGGGUCCACCUACUACCGCUCCUCGUCGUCCAUCUGCUGAGCCAAGUGUUGUUCGGCUAUUUCCGCGGGGUGCGUUUCCGCUGCAAGAAAUCCUUCCGACCGCAAAAAAACUAUACGGGAUGAGGCCCCCUCGUGGAACCUACGUCAUCCGCAGGGAAGAACAGCAGCUUUUGUUCCGAAAGUCCUCAGUGUCCUCGUCCGUGCCCGCGCAGCCCCUGGCCUCCGAAAUUCACCUCCACUAUGCGCGGUCCUAUGGAGUUGCCUCGAAAGACCUUUCCGUGCAGCUCGUGGAGCACCGAACAGAUGCCGCGGAGGAAUCUGGUACGAUGUUGCACCAUUAUGUCCAUGCUGAUGUAGAUUGAUAUUUGUUUUUGUUGCCUUGAUCGUGCUCGUGCCGCAGCAGGGCACAAGUGCUUAAACGUAUACCAUACGCUGGAGCUGACGAGGACGACCGAAAGUGAUCUUAACUGAUCCGUGGUUCAGAAACAAUGUUGUUUGAUGACGUGUUUGGAACUACAAGUUUGUCAUUGUCUUCUCGCUAUUGCUUUUGACUACAACUCUUCGGUGUAACAAUACGAGCACCGCCACUUAUUGUCGCUUCAUUUUCUUUCACAUAGCAUUCAAAAACGGAAUCGCAGCUGCGGCCUGGGAGCGGACACUGACGUGGACGGUCGCUCAAGAAAACCUGGAUUGCACCGUUCUCGCAUUGAUGCCCACUGUGCAGUUCUUUGUGACUUCGAUCGGCAAACAGUUGGACUCGAACACUUUUACGGAACUGCACGUGAAAGGGGACCAGAAGUUGUCGCAGUUGGUGGUAGCGAUGCUACUUUGCCACUGGAGCAAGCAACCCAUGGCAGUCGUUGCGACCAGGAUACCCGAGCUCCAAAAAGGUAUUGCACCGCCAGAGCGGGGGCGGAGUUUAGCUAUCGUGUUACGGAUCAUCAAACCGCUACCGGUUUAUCCAGAACCUCGAGUAGCUGCGCGAGAAUGGGAGCUACAGGUACAUGGUCGUUCGCACGACUCUCGGAAGUAUGGUUGAAAGACUGCACAUUAUCGCAAGUCAGUAACUUGCCUGCCCCCGGGGCUUUUCGGACAGAUGAAAAUCUUCGUGUUUAAAGUAGGUUCAUCGUUGUGAUAUCGUGCUUUCGCUUUUCUACAAUUGGAUAGUGUUGCCGGUCUUGCAUCUGCCUAUUGAUCUUGAUGACCUCAUUGCGCACUGUAAAUGAUUUUUUUUCUUCAUAAUAAAGACGAACAACUACGCGAAAUUCAAAUUAUUCAGUUAUGCGGAGCCGGCCCGUACAGACAACUCCAGCUCCGGUGCAUGGAUGACAAGUGGGUUUGGCGCCCGCGUUUCGGAACUGCAGCAAAGGUGCUGGACAAGUCGGGCGUGCACGCCUUUGUUUCGCCCGGGAGGCGCGCGGUUGCGCUGUUCGCACCGUUGUUGCCGCCCGGCCUGGCCACUGCGCUGUUUGAAGCUUCCUACCUUGUCUCCGCGCUAGCGCUCGCGCCGGAGGACGUCUCCGUCACGGAGCUCGAUUUGAACUCCUCCAUCGAGACGCAGUUGCGGAGGUUGGGUCUGCUGGCGGAUCAACACUUGGAUACACCAAGCGAUGAUGGCGGAACACCGGUAGACGAAAGAGCGGCCCCGUCGGCAAAUUUCCUCAUCCUCAACAGCAGUGCAUCCUCAAGAAAACCGUCGGAAAUAGUAAGUGGAGGCUCCGAGGCCGAAAAGCUGGCAGUCAUCGCACAGGGAAGCGCAAAAAACGUGCGUAAGUUCCUAUCCCGGAUGCUAUUUGGCGCUCUGUAAAAAUGGAGCUCGACAUUUUUUUUGCUGUGUGCUUCUAUUUUGAUUUUACAUGGCAAUGUAAAUGUUUCUACGAUUGUAUAAUGUAUGUGUAGUGGCCCUGGUGCAACUCCUGUACGAUAUUUAUUUUUUUGCGAUGUCGUGUGUGUUGAUGCGCCGUCGCUAUCAAUUUUUGUGGAAAGCUAAAUGCAUACUCAUACACCAGAUGCACAUCGCGUGUUGUCGUUACUUACCAAGGCACGACUAUUUGCGUUUCUCAAGUAAGGUAAUCUAUACAAUGGUAAUUUGGAAUUUUCUUCGUGCUUAAGCAAAUCGCUUCAGAAACCCAAGAGUAGCAGUGAGGACCGGGAUCAUUUAUUGUUCAUUAUUUUCAAGUCUACAGCAGAGCCUCAAGCUUUGCUGUAUUGAUUUUGCUACUUGCAGUAAUAUGGAAAUAAAAGCAAUUAGAAAAAGAAAACGACGGGCAGAUGCCGAGGUAGUGAAAAAAUACCUCCUGCGCUGCGCGCUAGCCAUCCCUGGAACUCCGGAACUGCAAGCCCUACUAAACGACCAAUUAUGCCACGCCCCGGCUCCAACUACAACGAAAUGCUCUAAAUUCAGAACUUCUUUUCCUGCUCCAAAACCAAUAACGAAAAACCUUCGCAGGAUGCCAAAUCUGCAACUGGAGACGAUCGAAUCAACACCGCCUGUGCGUGAUUUGGAUUUCUACGGCAACAUAUGAACUUUACAAAGAGGAAAGGGAGACUCGUCUUCUGGUUCUGCCUCUUCUACAGGACGAAGCUUCUGAUUGUAGAAGAACAUUUUUCGCAUUUGAUGG